GCAGGGAAAGGCCAACUGUUUGGUCCGCCAUGUUCUUCUCCGCGGCGCUCCGGGCCAAGGCGGCAGGCCUCAUCGCCCAGUGGGGAAGACAUAUAAGGAAUUUACAUAAGACAGCUGUGCAAAAUGGAGCUGGAGGAGCCUUAUUUGUUCACAGAGAUACUCCUGAGAAUAACCCGGAUACUCCAUUUGAUUUCACACCAGAAAACUAUAAGAGGAUAGAGGCAAUUGUAGGAAACUAUCCAGAAGGACAUAAAGCAGCAGCUGUGCUUCCAGUCCUGGAUUUAGCCCAAAGACAGAAUGGAUGGCUGCCCAUCUCUGCCAUGAACAAGGUUGCGGAAGUUUUACAAGUACCUCCAAUGAGAGUAUAUGAAGUAGCAACUUUUUAUACGAUGUAUAAUCGAAAGCCAGUUGGAAAGUAUCACAUUCAGGUCUGCACUACUACACCUUGCAUGCUUCGAAACUCUGACAGCAUACUGGAGGCCAUUCAGAAAAAGCUUGGAAUAAAGGUUGGGGAGACGACACCUGAUAAACUUUUCACUCUUAUAGAGGUGGAAUGUUUAGGGGCCUGUGUAAAUGCACCAAUGGUUCAAAUAAAUGACAACUACUAUGAGGAUCUGACACCUAAGGAUAUUGAAGAAAUUAUUGAUGAGCUCAAAGCUGGCAAAAUUCCAAAACCUGGGCCAAGGAGUGGACGCUUCUCUUGUGAGCCAGCUGGAGGUCUUACCUCUUUGACUGAACCACCCAAAGGACCUGGCUUUGGUGUGCAAGCAGGACUUUAAUUUAUAUUCAACUGUAAAUAUGUUCCAGGAGGAAUAAAACAUGAAUCUUCUAUCUACAUAAACUUUUUAUAUUAUUUGUUCAUUUCAUGGCGUAUACCUAGCAACUUGCUGCUAUGAGUGUCAUGUUAAUACUUAGUACCAUUUUAAAGUCUUUUGCUAUCUAUGGCUAACUCUGAAGACAGUAUCUCAUAAUCUAGUUAACAGUCAUUCCAGUAUUUCCAUUUUCAAAUGCCUGGUCACUUUUAUCAAUAAUAUUAGGUUAUUGUGAGUUUCACAUAUAUUUUGCUUUUCCAUCUUUAGCUAUAGCCAAGUUUUAACAUGAUUGUUCUACAGAAAACAUUUUUAUAUUUACAGCAUACAGUUUUUACUGUAUUUCCAACUGGUAAGUGACACCUCAAGCAGACUGUAGGUGUAAGGAGGAUAAAGUAGUUGUCUCUAGAAGUACUGUUUAUCAUUUUUAUAAAAGGAAGGUAGAAAAUACUUUGAUAUUAUUGUAUACUGCACAUACAGUCUGAGUUGGAAAGAGCAGUCAAUAAACAAAAUUGGUUGAAUGCAUAUUUCAACGUAGAACAAAGGAUAAAACCUUUUGUGUAUUAUUAUAUCCAGUUCAAGAAACUAGCUAUUGUACAUUAGUUGCAAGUUGAAAAAAAAUGUUUAUAGCUUGUUUCAGAAUUGCUCAAAGUCAUUGUUUGGCUGCUCUUAUGACAGAUUAAUCAGUCACUAAUAGUAAUUAUGAUGCUUAAAAAUAUCAUUAUUUUCAAGAUCUUUAAAAAUUUGUUUUUAUUUUUACCUGAGAGGGUAAACAAUAACAGUAGUUACACAAGUGGCAUAGAAAGGUAACACAAUGAAAAUACCUCUCUUCUAUCCUCUUGAUUUUCUACUGACUUUUGUAAAAAUGCCUUCUAUGUUGACAUUUUUUGUUUUGUUUUGUUUUUACUUGGAAAAAAGUUAGGAGUAGGGAAGCUUCAGAUACUGGGUGAAAAAACAAAGGCAUAUUAAGGAUAUGCACUGAUUAUCAAUUUUUAUGUAAUAUUUUAGAACUAGAAAAUUAACUUUCAGUCAUAAUUACAGACAUAAUAUUAUACCAUUAUCAAAACAUAUUCUGUAGUUCUUACAUCAUAAGUUACAUUGUAUUGUAUCAGUAUAUAUUAGGAUUUUGAGUCUUGCUUAAUCUUUUUGCCUAUUUCUCUUAAAAAUUGUAUCAAUUUUAAUAUAAGAAUACCCGUUUAAAUGAUAGUUUCCUGAUUAGCUUUUGUAAACACCUGCCAGAUAAAAUUUUAUUACAGUAAUCCAACAUGGUUUCAAAAUGUAUAUGAACACACUGAUUAAAAUUUCCUUGCCAGUUUUCAGAGAUGACUGCUAUAUCCUGGCCUAUUUCUCAAACCUGUAGGGAGAGUUAGGCAUCAUUUGUGUGUUUACUAUCACUUGCUCCCUCAUUUCCUCUUCUCAGUUCCUAGCUCUGCUUUUUUUAAGAAAGGGUAUUUGAGGAGGAAAUCUUACUAUUGUUUAAUAAUAAAAUCAAUGUAUCAUUCUCCCUAGUGACAAAGGAUCUAAUACCAGUUUUUUGGUAGCAACUACUGAAAGUUGGUAGUGAAAGCUACUGAUUGCUCAGAAUUACUUGCUGUAACUGGAUGGGGUCACUGCUCCAGAAAAUCCUACAGCACAUAAUAACAGUUAUGUAAGAGUUUUCACUGCAAAGGUAUUACAUAUAGACCAAGUCAUAUGAUAAGCUAUGAUCUGAGAUUAUACUUUUAAUUUAUUACAUUCAUCUUCCUGAAAUAUGGCAGGAGUUUUUGAAUGAUCUGAUAUAUCUGGAUGUAAUGU